UUGCAAGGAUGAAUACGAGUAAUUCUAAUAUUAGAAAUGAUGAGAUCCCAUCACCAAAAAACUUUAAUUCCUUUCGUACACAGAUAUUGAAUGCCUUAAAAUAUGUGGAGCCCAAAUUGAAAUCAGCUAAUGUAUCGUGUGAUAUCCUUAUGCGAAAAGCAUCAAAAACUCCAAAACCUGGCAAUAUUCAAGUCUUAAUUAGGCUAUCAAGUAUUGAGAUGAAAAAGGUAUUCAAUUCUGCAGAAUGGUUCGGUAUUCUUAAAAACACACUGUUGUCUGCUAAUGUAAUCGGACUCAAUGACACAAGAUCAUAUCGUAAGUGUAUAACUAUUACUCACCUCGAUCAUGAUUAUGUAAAAUAG